AUAGUCCGGCUGGACAGUUGCAGAUGGAGGGAACGGAUGGAGAAGAGAUGGAGAAGAAAGGGAGGGAAGAGAGAAUAUGAUACAUGGGAUCUCAUGGAGGUACAGCCUCUCUUGCUGUGCAGUCGAGUCGAGGUACAACGCUAAAGCAAUGCAGCAAGGCGGAUCUCGGCCAACAUCUCAACAACCAACUGACCGACCUAUUAUUCCUCGCUAUCUGGCCGAGGUUGGCCCUGUGAGAGACACGGAGAUGCACGAACGACGAGGCGAAGGAAGAGGGAGAGAAGCCCCGCAUGCUCGUGCAUCAAAAAUUCGCCUCGUUGCUUUUUCUCAGGAACUCCCUUCCAUGCAAAAGAGGGCGAGGAGAAGACCAAUCACGUCUCAGCGGCCGGUACUGCGUUCCGACGCUUGCAAGAAAACAAAGAAAGAGGGUGGAUGGAUGGGUGGAAAGGGGAAAAGGGACGAUGAAGGGCGGUGGGAUGGGUAGAUAUUUCCUUUAUGCAGGGGGGAAACAAUAGUUACGGGGUACGGAGCACAACAUCCAUAAAAGCGAAGACGAGAGAGCAAAGAAAGGGAAGUUGGGGAAGCGGAAAGGAAGCGGAAAAAGGGCUUAGGUAGAAUCUAACUAAUGUUGACGGCCGAGGAGCAGAGCGAGGUGCCUUUAGGGCCUUUUAACAUGUAUUUGGAGGAUGCUCCGUACUCAGCCCCAGGUAAAAAAUACAACAAUAGUUUCCCAUCUGAGUGCUCUGCCUACAGAGCCAAGAUAACUAUGUUUGACUCCGCAGUUAAAGCAUCGAUCAAUCUGCGUUUGACCGGACAGCAUCAAGUCCUGCCUCUUCUCCAAGCAGUUUUUGUAUGGGGGGCAACUAGUUGGUCACGUGAAUCCUUACUUUAAACAACUCCUUUAGAAUGAGAAAUCAGAAAUCAACCAUGGAUCCAACCUAUCCAUCCAUGGAUAUCGCAGUCAUCAUGGGAGAAACCUUCAUCGUCAGGCGAGACGCGCCCCGGUAGCUAAUACACGUCACUGAGAGCAUGAUUGGUGACUCAUGCCUGAUAUAUAAAGCCGCCGUUUCUCGCCCACUCUGUUGAAUCAAAAAACACAUCACUGGUCUACGUCUUUUCUACGCACAAGUUUAAAGCUUCAAAGUUCGAAAAGUUACCAUGGAUGAUGUUCAGCAAAUAGCCUAGACGUAUAAGGUGGCCGAUAUACGCUCCCGGAAGUCUCUCUGGUAUCGGCUACAUGUAUAUGUCUACGACCUUCGCAACUUCAGGACAGACAGUGCUGCAAGGGAUCGGCUUGAUAGUAUCAUGGACACCACCUACCUAGGUAAACCAUAUUUUAACGAAGAGGAAGUCGGGAUCCUUAAAAAUACCCUCUCCAACAGCAGCGGGAGUGAGACUCUUGCUCAGAAAAUCGAAUCUACCCUGGAUGAACGGUUAGGUCGCCGUAUUAAAAAGCGCGUGGAGAGUGGCGAUUUCAGGGUCUGCGCUGCUCAUGACCUUGCGCCUAUAUUUGAAGCUGUCUUUGAUAUAUACCCGAAGAAGCUGGCUAAGAACUUUGCUCUCAUAUCAUUGAUUAGUUCCAGAGGGCUGAGACUUCGAGACGAGGAUGAUAUUUCAUGCAUCCUGGAACAGACCAAGCUACAAGCUCUUGCGGCGAAACACGGAACAGGCAGCAAGAAAUCGGGAGGCAACAACAAGAAGAAGGGAGGCAGGUAGUUGCUCUUGCUAUUAUGCUCAAGUCGAAAGAAACGGACUCAAUGGCACGACCUUACUUUGAAGGGUAAAAGGGAAGCAAACAGGACCAAGCGUGCGCCUCACUGAUCUGUCGGCAAAUUAUAAAGCGGAUAUACGCACCUACAUAUCUCUCCUAGGUAGUUAUCUUAUAGUACUCACUUUCUGAAGACAACCGUUUUCGGUUAGUCUUAGUUUGGAAGAGGAGGGAGAGUCGCCCUUAUAAAUACCCCGUACCCCGUACCCUUUCCUGUAUUAUCUGUUCUCUACAAGAAGGCUCCCUCCCUCGAGAGAGCUGGCUGUGCGGUUGAUGCGGUUGUGAGUCUGGGGAGGGGGCGAAGCUGAGACAAUGCUCGUAUCCUCCGAGAGCAUGCGUUUGUGCGUGUGUGCGCUGCGUCUGUGUGCAGCAGCGAGUACUAACACUACCUCUUAACUCACGCAUGCUCCGCUGGUUCGAGGGAUGAGAGGUGCUGAUCAGGGUAGACAGAGGACAUCCAUCACUGGGGAUACACUUUACGGAUACGGUCCCGUUCCUGCUGCGCUCAACUCAGGCCUCUGCUGCUGCUCUUCUCAAGCGGCCAUCGUGACUGAACUAGCUAGGGGUUGAGACACGACGCUAGGCUUAGUUAAAUUGCUUGCAUCAAGUUUAAGAUCAGGAGGAGUGGAGUCGCGUAGGGGCGUCCGGAUGAUCUGAUGAUAAGCCAGGGAGCAAAAAAGAAAAGAGAAGAGAAAGGAGAGACAGAAAGGAGGAUGCAGAGAGGAAGAAGGAAAGACAGCAAUGGCUUGCGUGGGAUGGUAGUAAUAAUCAUGUACAGCCUCCACAGACACCCAGACCGUCUGGAGGGAGAAAGAAGAAGAACGAGAGGAGCAUAAUAAUAUCGACAUGAUAAUAAUGGCACUGUUGGAGUGGAACCGGGAGUGGGUGCGUACAUGCUAGACUUACUUAGACAGUGCAUGAUGUCCGCUUGCUUGCCGUUUGUUCAUAACUUACAGGCCAGGGGCUUCAACCAUAAGUUAUCCAUUUGACUAACUAGUCCUUUAUACAGCCGCAAGCCGGGAAACUUCGAGAUGUCUUACUUCGCUGCAUAGCUUUGAGGCCUCGAGAGCAAUCCUGACUGCGCAGUUUGAGGAUUCUUCCUUCUAUCAGCCCUACAUGCUAGUUCUAUCGCUUCUAUCACUUCUAU